UCUCCAUAACUCUCUCUGCCACUCUCCACCCAACUCACUGACUCUUCAAAUACGGUAAUUCAUUCUGCAAACAUGGAAACAACAUUUGCACAGACAGCACAAAAUGCCUUGUUUUUACCUUUUGGAGAGGCCUAGCUUGAUAAAUAAAUUAGUACAGAAAGGAAAAAAAGAGUUCUCCACUGAGAAAUAGAGGUUUUGGCCAUGACUCGUGAGGAUGGCUGGAUGGGAAUUUCUUGCUUCGCACCGAAUUUCAUCCGCUGAUAAAUGAUAGAAGAAAAUUUUGAUUUCCUUGGGGCCAAUUCACUGAAAUUUUGUUCACAAGGUGUGGUGCUACAUCAUUGAUUUGACCGUGAAAUGAGUUUGAGCUCCAAUUUGGGUGGAAAUAGUUCUGUUUAACAGCUUUAGUGCUUCAAGAAACCAAUUGAAGCAUUUUAAGCUGGAGCUUCUCUAGAAAUCCAUCCUGUAGUAGCAGUUCCAACUCUGUAAAGCUCCGAUUUUAAUGAUGCCCCCUAGCUCUAAUAUUGGAGACGCACUGAAAUUUCAGCAGAGGUGGGAGGUUAGGAGAGACAAUGAGCUUGAUUCUUCAAGUGAAGAGUCCAAAUCAAGUUCAAGUGGCCAGCCGGUUCUGAAGAAGCAUAAACUAGUCUCCAGCUUUACUUCUCACGAAAAUGAUGAGUCCACAGAUACCAGUAGAUUUCAGCUGAAGGGGAAGAACGUUGCUGGCACUGGGGCGCAGAUUAAAAAUGGGAAAUCUGAAAAAACGCAUAGUGGAAGGAAUAGAAAGGAAAAUUUGGUUAAUGAUGCAAUGAGGAGGGAUUCUCAUGAAGAACUUAAAAGAAAAAAGAAUGAAACUAGUGUUUCUGACCUGGAUGCACUGGGUGAUGUUAAAAUCUUCAUGGAGUCCUUACUAGAGGAUCUUAAAGAUACGAGAGAAAAUUUGUUUAGAUGGAUGAGGGAAGAAAUGCAAAAAUUGGUGGCAGAUGAUACUGUUUCAAAACCAAAACGUAAAAAAGGCAGUUAUGGAAGGGAGAACAUCCAAGGGCAGCAUGUAAACAACUUGGAGAACAACCGAAUACAGCUUCAAAACAAAUUUGAGGAUAAUAUCCAAGUGCAUCACAACUUUGAGGAGACCCUCCAAGUGCAACAUCAAAACAACUUCAAGAAGUCCAUUGAAGUGCAGCGUCAAAACAACUUCAAGGAAAAAACCCAAGCGCAUUCAAACAACUUCAAGGAGAACAUCCAAGUGCAGCAUCAAAACAACGAUGAGAAAAAUUAUAUGCAGAGUAAAAAAGAUCUGAAGUCUGGAAUGAGAGUUCAAAAUUGCAAUCAUGGAUCAGCAGAGAGGUCUGGUGAUAUCAAUGAGGCAGCUGGUUACGUAAAUCACUAUCAGUCAUCUGAAGAUCGAGCUAAUUGUCGCAAAACUAUUGGACCUAUGGCUCCAAGAGUCAAGGAAAAUGGAGAAACAAGAUUGGUGUCAUCUGUCAUGCCAAAAUUUCAGUCUGGUCCCUCCGUCCAAGUGCAACAUCAGAAGAAUGUAGUGUUAGGCUUAAGAGCUCCAAACUGCAAUGAUGGCUCUUCAGAGAGAUCCGUAAAAGGCAGACAGGUGGCUGAUUCUAAUAAUUGCUCAAAAGCACUUGAAGAUCAAGUUGGUUAUGUCCAAGCCUCUGGAUUUCUGCCAUCAACUGAAAAGGCCAAAGGAGAAAGGUUGGGAUUACCUGAUAACCAGAAAUUCCCAUCGGAUUCCUCUGAUAAGGUAGCUUCUUCUAUGUAUUUGACAUUACCGGCUAUCCUAAGAGAGCCCUGUGCUGACAAUUACAGGCUUGAUACUUCUUCAUGCGAUUAUGUUAACCCAGUAACUGCUGGGAAUUGGAGGGCUUUGAAUUCAGAAAACGCAAAUCUGAUGAUUGAUUCAAGUACUUAUCGUGACUACUUUCCUGACAUGCAGCAAGAAGAAAGACUUGGAAGCUUUGCUCAAACAGGUUCUAGUAUUAUAGAAUGUCUCAACCAAAACAGCACUCCAACCUCAAGCAUGGGAACUGGAUUCCCAGUUCCACUUGUUCAGGGUAUGGAUGGUGGCUUUAACACCCCAAGUCAACUUGGUUUGAGAAGUGUACCCCAAGAAAACUACGAUCUAUUGGGUCUAAGGAUGGAUGGAGGAGCAAUAAGAUUCUCUGGGGGAAACUAUGCAUUAUCCGAGCAAUAUGUUGCCAACAACUUCAACGGGCAUUCUAGUUAUACAGCAGAUGGUGGACUUAUGGGGUUUCAAACGCCAGGCCUUAAAGGGGGUCGUUUAUUUUCGAAGUAGUUUGAAGGGGGCAGAUCCUAAACAAAAACCUUUGUCUAAUCAUUCUUUCCCAUACCCUGUUGUCUCAAAUAGCCCCCAUAUGAAAUUUCUUAUUCCUUGAUUUGCUUAGUCCAGAUUGAGGCUUCUCUAUCGAUGUUUUUUUACAUUGAUCCCAUACUUCUACCAGUUGAAAGAGAGAAAAGUGGAACUUCCACCAAUUCUUUGUUCAGGAGGGAGUGUAAAAAGGAGGCUAUUCUGUAUGCAGAAAGCUGGCUAUGAAUUCUCUCUUUAGAUCAUGAUAAGAUUGUAUAAAGAAUGGGGUGGGUGAGAGGUGGAAUGUUCAUUCAAUUAUCUAGCAUCUGCUUUAAUCUGUUGUGGAGUUGGGGUAUAUGAAUCAAUACCUCUCCAUUCAAGCCCACCUGAGAUUGUAACUAAAAAUCCUUUUCACAUGUCUGUCUAGAACAGCACAAGAAGAGAUCAUUCUCAGCUGGCUAUAUGCUUCAGCUGUGUUGCAGAACUGUGGGAAUGUAUUGAUUCAUUAGAGUCAGUAAUCUUGAGUGCCAAUAACAUGUAUGCUUUUGAAAGUGAUAAGAGUUUCAGUCUUGG